AAUUUUUUAUAGAAGUGUUUUUAUAGAUGUUCCUUAUUUUGAGGCAGGGUUAACAGGAAAUGAACAUAUAAGCUGUUGGGUGCAACUAGCUGCCGUAUUUUUGGUGUUUUUUGUCACUCUUGCUGUAUUUCCAGCAGUUUUGGCAGGCAUGAGCCCUAACGCAAAGGGAGAAAAAUGGAACAGUGUUAUUUCAAGUAGGACUUGUAAAGUAGUUUGGGAGAGGCCAAUCACCACGUACCAUAUAGACUAGCG